ACACACCCACAAAUAAAACAAGACAUUCACAACCGCAGGCCUUACCUUAUAUUGCCAAAAAAAAGCCACUUCUUCUCAAGCCUUCAUUCUCCUCUUCAUUCUUUUCACACCCUUCUUCCUUGUUCACAAUGGCUCAGAAGGCGGUGUUAAAGGUUCUUACUAUGACAGAUGAGAAAACAAAGAAGAAAGCAAUAGAAGCAGUAGCAGAUAUCUAUGGAGUUGAUUCAAUCGCUACAGAUGUUAAUGAACAAAAGUUAACAGUGAUUGGCGAAAUGGAUACAGUGGCAGUAGUGAAGAAGCUGAAGAAAGUAGGGAAGAUAGAUAUAAUAUCAGUUGGACCUGCCAUAGAAGAGAAGAAAGAAGAUGAGAAGAAAGAAGAGAAGAAAGACGAAAAGAAGGAAGAGAAAAAAGAUGAGAAACAGGAGGAGAAAAAAUAAAGACAAUACACACAUUGGAUUUUCAAAUUAUUCCCCUUUUUAUUAUUUAUACAGGUUUCUCUAAGCAGAGAAACUAUGUUGAACUCAAAAAACAAAAACUCUUCAAGGUGCAAAUGACUUCUGAUUGUGAUAAUAUAUAUGCAUUUGGUAGAUUCUAAA